AAAAAAAAAAAAAAAAAAAAAAAAAAGAGUUGGUAUCGGUAGGGUUAAUCGCGAGUAAUGGUCGCGCGUCCGCGAUUUAAGUUGCGCACCCCUGGCCUAUAGGAUAAUACCAAUACGCCACUGGCCUGGUCUCGUGUCAUCCUAUCUUUCUUUCUCCCUCUAGGUCCGGACGCGUAUCGCGUCGAGGCGUCCUCGCGGCGCGCUCCCGGCGAGCUUGCGCGACGCCGAUGCUUUUUACGCCGACGCAGCGUCGGUGGCUCGGAGUCGGCGUAGUCUGGGGCCUGGCGUCUCCCGAUCGGGAACGGGAAGGCUAGAAGGAACCGAGAGGGAACACCCGGUUGUCCGUGGUCUCGACGCGGUCCGUCGUCGUGCUCGUCCGUCGACGUGCUGGCAAGAGACGUAUCGUCUCCGUGGCCGAACGAGGAAAUCGGAGAGGAACACGGGGGAAUCGAGCUCGAGGAGAGUCUGGAAAAAAAUAGGGUUGCGAAAGAGCUGCACGAGGAGAAGUCGUGGAAAGAGAGGGAAGGAAAGUCGCGCGUAAGGGUUAGCCGGUCGCGAAGGAAGGGAGAGGAUCGUCGAGCAGAGGGAGAAGGGUAGGGAAAACGGCGAACCCGGAGAGAGGGGUUAGGGAGAGCGAGAGAGGGAAAGAGAGUGCGAGCGAGCGAGCCGUCUUGCGUGCCACGAGAGAGCACAGAGAGGGCCUAAAGUCGAGAGUCAGGAGUUGUGGGCUCGUGGUUAGAUAGGAUGCGUGUGCCUGGGUGCGGUGUUCCACCACCACCCGACAGCCGACGGUUCAGCAACGACGCGACCACCAGCACCAACAUCGUCAGCGACGCGACCGGUUCCGCGGUGACUUUUCCGAGCGAACGAUACCGCGGUACCGCCAACCACGCCGAUAGGUGCGCGAUCGCGCGCGAUCAGGGGAGGAACACGCCUCGCGGCGGUCGUUGGACACCCGACCAACCGGCCCACGAGUACUCGCCAGACUUGGACGACCGUCGGAUUUCGAGGACGAUCGCGAAACGGCAAAGACAGAAACGAAGGCUCGCCUGGACCAGCUCGAGGACACGUUCCCACCUCCAGGGAGCUCGCGAAUCCUCCUCAAGCUCUGCGGUUCGCUGGUCCAACUCCUGGUCCACCCGGUGCAUCGCGUAGUCGAGUCAUCGGCUGCUCGACGGAUCCGACGGAUCUGACGGCCGUUACUCGGUGAUCGCGAACGCGCCACAACGUCAGGACGACGCUGUCCGCGGGCGCGCGCUCGCUGGAGGAUCGUCAGCGCGGUGCAAGCCGGCUUCAGCCUGUACCACAGCCGACGUCCCAGCUACUCAUGUUCAUCCCGGAUACGCUGAGGAGCUGCAUGGUGGAACCGGAUGUCUCGACUUACCUGCAGGCCCCUUCCGGACAGGAUGAGUUCCAUCCAUUCAUUGAGGCCCUCCUACCAUUCGUGAAGUCUUUCUCGUACACGUGGUUCAACCUACAAGCAGCCAAGAGGCGUUACUACAAGAAGCACGAGAAGCGGAUGAGUCUCGAAGAGGAACGACAGUGCAAGGAGGAACUCCAGUAUUUCCAGGCGCAGCUAGCCGGACCCCGCACUGGUAUACAAAAGUUCUCACAGUAUUACCCGAGCUCGAUGCUACCGCCACCCCCGCCAGCCCCGAUGGCGAGGCCAGUGGCCAUAAUCAGGUCGACGGGCGAACUGACGGCCGCGAGCUCGAACUCGCCUCCUACCUCGUCGACGUCGCCGACGGACCCAUCGGAACUUGCGUCGAACCAGGAACAAAUGGCGGCCGCGGCAGCGGUGGGCCUGGUCGGCUCCGGCUGCCAGACCUCCGUCGAUCCUGCGGGCAGGAAGAGUCCGGCCAGGAUCCUCGUCACGGCACCCCACACCAGCCGGGAGUACACCUUUGCUCACUUCCACUCCCAGCCUGGACAGCAAAUAUUCACGUAUCCCACCAUCGGCUCGAUGUCGGGGGUGAUCUCACCGACGAACCUGUCCCUGUUUUCGUCGCCCGUUUCGGUGACGAGGCCGGUGGCUACCCAGAGAUCGGUAUCGAACGUACCACCCCGCUGGAACACUGCACCCUUCAUCAACCUGGAGGACGACUACAACAUGAUGGCUCCGAUCAUCACCGGGACCGCCAGCGAACCGCCAUCCGCCAUGGACGAAGAACGAUACUUUCAUCCGGUGCACACGAGCAGCGUGGUGGACAAAAGCGGCGGUAGCAUGAUGGGCGGCGAUCUCGGGGUGACGGGGGAUCCAACGUCCCACCAUCAUCAGUCCCAGCAGCAGCAGCAGCAGCAGCAACCUCAGCAGCAGCAGCAACAGCAGCAACAACAGCAACAGCAGCAACAACAACAGCAGCAACAACAGCAACAAGUGAUGCAAGACAAAAGCGGCCGACCGAAGUCUCCCCCGUGACACUGGAGGCUCAGACCGGAAAGUUUCGAGAAGCUCGCAUGUUCCACGGGGUCGUUACUCACCACCGCGUACGAUAAUAACCCUGAGCCGGAUGGGAAUCGCCAGGAUUCCUCGUGUCGUGUUCAGCUUCGCGACUUAAGCCCGCGGAGAAUCGAGUGCCUGAGAGUCUGAUCGUAGUUUAAGCCGACGCCGCCGAGGGAUCGAGGAACUUCCGGCGCGCGAUACCAGUCGUGAGGGUGGGAGGGCCGCGCGACUGCUUCGUAGGCGAAACCGACGGCCGCGGAUGGCGCGUCGGUCUAUCGUCGGUCGAGCCUCGCGAAUCGCGAGGCAAACUCUUUGAUCCUCCGUGGACUUGUGCUUCGCGCACGUUCAGGAUCCGUUCUCGACCUAGGAAAUAUUCCGCGUUGUGAAUUUUCAACUUUCACAGUUCAACGUCUCCGUUGCUCUGUCAUUUUCAUGUAUCAACAAGCAACGGAAACACUUAAAUAUCCCCGCUAAACGUACGUAUAGUAUAUCGAACUUGUUUUCGCGCUUGGUUACGGGAUGUUCGUCGUCUGUUAAUACUAGAUCGGUUGGAAAUAGUUGGUGAUCGUAACGAGUAACGGAAACCUAGCAUGCUCGAAGGACUGGUUUCUGCCUCGGGGGGUUAACGUUUCGGUCAAUUAAUUGUUACUCUGUUCGUCGAAGCAUCGACGCAAAGGCCUCCGCUACCGGAACCAUUCUUCUACUCCCUCGCCGCGGUACAAUUCGUAACUCUGUCUCUCCCUCUCUCCCUCUCUUAAGUGUCCUCGAAGGACGUGAGUAAGGACCCCGAAACUUCGUCUCCUAUUCGAACGUUUCCGAUCGUCGCCGAUCGGUCCCGUCGACUGGACCCAUAGACGAUUUAACGUAAAGAAAGAAAAAAAAACUAAAAAAAAAAAAAAAAAAAAAACGAGAAAAAUACGAAAUCGUAAACGAACACGAAAGAAUUCUUAGAGAAUCGUCGUUUUCGCGCGAUUAUUGAUAACGAUGUGUCCUAUUCUUCCUGCUUCGAAGCCCUUCGAAAGAAAUGCGUUUUUGUACAUACACGCGGCCCGUUCGUUACAUCCGGAUUCGCGAGCGCGGUAUUUUGUAAAAUUUUAGAGGACUUUAGAGUAGCGAGUGACGUACACGGAAACACACACGGAACAUACACACGCACACACAGACACGGUGAACACGAAUCAGCACGCUCUUCGAAGAGGAGGUUAGCAAAACAAACGGAGACAACGAACAAACAAAAAUGAAGACGAGAAAAAAUUUCUAGUGCCAAUCGAGUAGCUUAUAAAUAUUAUAACGAAAUUAUAAUUUUCUAUUAUAUUUUUUUAUAAUAUUUAUGAAGGAACACACACGCUUGUUUAGACGCGACGGUGAAGGAGGCGUUUAGUCGAGACGCGACGGAAGCUUCUUCUCGGUGAUCGAGCGUUUAUACGAAAGAAAGAAAAAAAAAAUAAGAAAAAAAUGGUCGAGGGGAUCCGAUCGACGAGUCGGUCAAAUCUAACCGGUCCACGACCCACGGAUAAUAAUAAUUAUUAUAAUAAUUAUAAUAAUAACAAUAAUAAUAAUAAUAAUAACAACAACAACAACAACAAUAAUAAUAAUGAUUAAUAACUUUAUAAAGAAAAUGUAUCGUUAUAAUCGCCUAAUGCUCAGGCUAGUGCUAACACUAGUGAACAGAGAAACAGAGAUGAAAAGACUAGUGUGGACUAGUCACCAGAGGCUGCUAGUUAGAAACAAAGUAAAUAUUUAAUAUUGAUUAUUUGGUAAAUUAAGCGGUUAACUAAUUUACGAGAUACAUUAUCGAUAAUACGUCGAGUGACGACGACGAAGAAGCCGCGCGGAUGAUGUCGAAGCAGAGAAGGAUGUGCAACGAAACAGUGAACGAAUAUACGGGACGCAAAGAGCAACUCGAGAUAGUGAGAGAUUAUCUAUAAUUCUAUUAACUAUUAGGAAUUUAGCGUGCGUCAUGGAGAUUGCGCGAAAUCGAACUCGACGACAACGAACAAAGGUCCUAACUAUGUAUUAUUGUCCAAAGUGCUUUCCGUCGACUGUGCGUUAAAGGGGGUGUCCGACGACGAGAAACAAACUCUGGGAUCGUUACCCUUCCGCUGCCGAUUUCAACGCUUACAAAACGGAAAAUUACGAUACCUCUCGCUUCGAAUGGAUGCCAGAUGACUCGAUAAAGAUAGACGUCCAAAAAUUCGAUUCUAGUCAAAAUUGUUCGGAUCCAAGGGAUGUUCGUUUAAAGAAUCGGUAGCGAAAGGGUCUCGAAACCAAGCACACGAGGGGUGACUUGUUCCGUUUGUAACUCCUAAGAUAUCUACUCUCAUGGAAGCCCUUAUUAAAAUCCGCUUAAUGUACUCGUUAGACGAUCGGGUAGUUUCGCGGCAGUUUUUCUUGAGUUUGUCGAGUCACUUUACUGUUUUUUUUUCUCUUCGAGUGCCGUUAAAAGGGUUCGGCGUACUCUUGCCUAUUACCGACGAACGUUCGAUCAUCGAUCGUCGAUCGAUGACUCGCGCCCCUUGCCGAAACGACUGCAAACCUCGUUUUAUCUCGUUUUUAACUCGCCAGAAACACGAUGGCGAUCGUUUUACGAGACGAUGGUUGAUUUUUCGUUGUACGCUUCCUAUCCCGAUGGUUGACCUUGUUUGCUUGGGUGCUUUUGCGCGCGCUUUCAAUACACUCGGCUCGUCGAACGUUGAUACAACGCUGAAUCGACACCUCCCAUUUAGUGUUUCCAUUUAGAAAUGAAUUUCAUUCUAAGACGGCGAUGUAGACGAUACAAGAUUCUUCGAUUGGAAGCGUAAAUUUGUUGAGUUAUUCGAUACUUACCAAGUACCACGCGUCCUCUAGACCUUUCUAUUGCGAGUAGGCAAAGGGUAGCAAGAAACGAGACAAAAGCAUGUUAGUAGAAAGCCCCAGCGUUGAGUCGGGACAAAUGACACAACGAGAAGAAAGGGGUGGCAGGCACCCUGUCAAUCGGUUCGUAGCGAUAGUACAAAGAUCGAGUGUAGCAAUAACGAGCGUCGAUAAGAAUUGGCGCGGUGAUACAACGUUACUAUUCCUAUAAAUGCUUCUACCACUAUUAACGCUAUACGAAGCGACGAUAAUACCGCUUCGACUAUUGUGAAUACUACGAGGAGACUAUUACUACUAUUAUCUACUACCGUACCGCAAUUACCACCACUACCAGCGCAAUCGACAACAGCACCGCCAUUGAACAAGCGAUACCACUUUAAUAUCACCACCACCACUACUCUACCACUAUUACUACUAUUACUACUACUACUAUUAUUACUACUACUACUACUAUUACUAUUACUACUACUACUACUACUAUUACUACUACUACCACUACUACCACUACUACUACUACUACUACUACUACUACUACUACUACUACUACUAUUACUACUACCACCACUACUACUACUACUAUUACUACUAAUUACUACCAGCGCUAUUAUAAAACUGUAAACACUACUAUUAUUACCGCUACUCUACUAUUAAUUAUAAAGGCGAGAGGAAAGGGUCACUACCGCAUAAAACUGUUACUAUUACACCGCCUACUCGCUAUUAACGUCGAUACACCAGUUACCGCGAAUCGAGGAGGAACGCUACUACCGCUAACUACUACUACUAAUUAACUACUAAUUGCUUUACGACUACGGUUACUACGGGAGAAAACGAUUAUUAAUGUAAAUAUUUGAAGCGAGGCGUUAGGGUACGUUGAAGCAUACGCAGGGUGUGUCGCUCCGAAUCGUCGUCGAAUCGUUGGCGUUGCCAAACGCGACAGCGAAUCGAAUUUCGACUGACAUCGCCGACAGUAUUUCCACGGACGAAUUUUGUUCGAAAUACCAAUCCCUGGAAUACUUACGACUGCAACUAUAGCUUUCUAACUAACGUAGUUUGAAUCGAGGUUGAUAAAUUAAUUUUGUAAAAAGAAAAACAAAAAAAAAACUAUUUCGGGAAUAUUCUGCGUCGCCAUUAGUUGGAACGCGAACGAUUCGCACGGUGGCUCAACACCAAAAACGUGUAUAAUAGAUAUUAUUGCGCACACAGGCAGGGAGACAGACAAACGAACCCGUAUCCUAGAUUCGAAGAAAAUCUAGAACGAGCACACUAGAUCCGUUCGAUCGAGGAUUUCGAUCCCUCGGCUGGGAGUUCCUUUGAACCUUUAAUUGGAGCACGCAACGUUGGAUUAUAAUUUCGGAAGUAAGUUGAAAGAAAGGAAACGAGAAAACAUUGAACAAAUACGAACUUACCCAAAGAUUCGAUUCGGAAAGUAGCUCCUAGCUCCUAGCUGCGAAAGGAGGCGAAGAAGGAUGGUCGAGGGAUCGAAGAAACGAUCACGUUAGACACGUAAGAAAUUUUAAUACUUUCCUCGAUGCCAAUAGGGAUUGCAACGAGACACCUCGUGUUCUAAUUUUGUUAAACGGGGACACCGACGAUUACGCGUACCAAAUCCACGGGGAACUAUAACAAAAACGAAACCAGGGUGGUUCGGGAUACGUGCACGCUGCGAACGCUCUUUUCUCGCUGAUUUUAGUUACAUCGUACGCAGCCUGAUAGCUACGAUUUUAGGGGAUAGAGUAGAGUGCCAAUUAAGGUAGAACGAAUUGUAAAGUAGCUUUAGGUAUUCCCGACGAAGUUGCAAGGUGCUUUUAGGAAGAUAUAUUACGCGAAGAAGAAUCGAACGGUGACGAUUCGCGGUCACGUCCGCGACGAGCUGUUUGCUCCCACCCUACCAGGUUUCCGCUCAAGGCGAGGUCCCAUUCGAGGCGACGUCGUGUUGUUUUUCCUCGGGGCAUCCACUGGAGCAUUUUGUAUAGCGUCUCGAGCUGCCUUGAACCGAAAGUGCAUUAAAAAAUCGUCCGCACCGCAGCUCGAACGGGACUACCGCGCGGAGGGAAUCGCUUUCCGAGUGGUUUAGCUUCUGUACCGUUUACGAACGAUGCACGCUAUCCGAUCCUUUACAAAUUCUUAUGGUGAACGGGCGACGCGAUUCCGAAUAGUUAUCGGGUUUAUUCUUUUUCUGUUCGCGUUGAUGGGUUUAUAGAAAACAUCUAGACUCGAGCCAGCGGGCUCUGAAAACGAAAAGGCUUUAAUUCGAAUGGAACCGAACGAAAGAAAGCGAUCUCCGACCGCGACCGGAAGUGCCCGCGGCCGUGGCAGUGCGCACGAGAACUUUUUCUACGUAAGAUAGAUUUUUCUCUAGUAGAGUCGGGGGGGAGGGAGGGAGGGAGGGAGGGUGUGGUAACGGCGAGGCGAGAGGAACGACACGUGUGGAUUAGCGAUAACGUUUCGAGGGUGAAAAACGACUCGAUAUCCCGGGCCACCCACGCUGAACUUUCCCAUUUCGGAUGCUCCGUCGAUUUCGGAAGUAUCCAGGGGGUGAAAGUAGUUGGUGAAGAAUUCGAUGCGAAACUCUUGGGUAGAGGGGGUGAGAAUCGAGACGUAGGCGUCCGGUAAACGCGCAAUUAAGCGAAAAGCGAGAAACGAUCGAAGUAUAACGUUUUGCUAAAACCUAAGCUCGCCAACGGAGAUGGACAAAAUUUCUUAUCUGGCCGAAAAUCUUCGAAUAACGAAUUAAAAAGGCAAACCACUUCUGAUCCGUUGUCUGUCGAGUAAGGAUUACGAUUUAAACGACGAAACGAAAUUUGUCCGUAUGGCUAUAAUUAGGAGUCUAUUACUCGAACGAAAUCCUGCCCAUCUCUGCUCGCCAGGAACUGAAGAUUUACGACGAACGAUUGAUUUAACGUAGGGAGUAGCAAGAUGAUAAUUGUUUCCGUGUUUUUGUUUCUAUUUGUGGGUGGGGAGACGUACGUCGACGCAUCGUGGACGGAUCGCGAUUUAUCUCGGAUUUGCCAUGUAUCAGCGAACGAUACUUGCGAUACUACGACACACUGUAACGAAUCGUGCAGACAAAUGUUAUUAAAAGAGAUAAGAUAUUUGUUGUAAAUGUCCGCGGUGCGUUGAGAUGGUUCGAUAGGAAUAUAGGGUGCACGCGAGGCGCAAGUUCAGCUACGAGAAUAACGAUAAUAAUAUAAAAAUCUAACGAUACCUAACGGUUACCGAUAAUUGUAAAACGAGAGCGACUACGGCGAUGAUAACAUAGUGCGAUUAUUAUUAUUACUAUUAACUACGGCAAUACGAUGAUAUACAUAUAUUAUAAUGAAAUACAAUAUAUUUAUCGAAUAUUUAUUGAGCAAACGAAAUAGCACACUGUGUAGUAUGGUUGUACAAAGUAGGCGACGAGGUGAAAACGCGCGAGCGAUUUUUCUUUUUUUUCUUUUCCGGUCGGACGAUGGCGCCGGAGAUUACGAAGAUUCGCGAACCGGGGGCGUUGUUGGUGGUUACAGUCGAAGAGGGUGCUUUUACGAAUUUUUACGUUAGCUUACGUUUAGUACUUCCCUUGUAUUUUUAUUCGUACCCCGACACGAUUUUUAAAAAAACUCGUUUACGUGAUACGUAGCUCUUCUCUUCGCAACUUUUACAUUUUUUCCAUUCGACCUCGCGAUCGAUUGGAUUUUCUUUUUUUUUUUUUUGGAAAGAGCGCCCCAAUACCGACACUGGACACGACGAGAAGGACACGCCGAAGACACGGCUGGCGUGUCACGGGGGUGGCUCGGCGCUUGCGUGUAUUUUCGUCACACGAUCCUUUUUUUUACGAUUGUGAACGAGGUUCAUGUUAUAUAUCAGGGAUUAGACUAAAUAGUAUAAUACGCUGCGAACGAAGGUGGCAAGAAAAAUGGAAAAAAAAGAAAAGAGAGAGAAAUUAAUAGCCGAGGGUGAUUAGCCUUUGGGGAGAGGCGGGGCGAGGAGAGAGCCGUGACAAAGGUGGUGAUAGUGGUAACCGAAAGGGGCGAGACGCGUCUCGCGUCUCCGUAGAAAGCUCGACAAUGGAGAAGCGAGAUUUGCUUUUCUUUAUAGAAUUUCUGUCGUCGAGUUUACGAGUGGGCGCAAUAGUAGCCAACCGGAAUAAAAUUGCGACUCGUUUACUUCACCGAUAAGAUUACGGAGUUCCCUUUCUAUGGAGACGUGCGGUUUAUCGAUCGUUGAGACUUAAUGCUUAAGAGAAACCUCUUGUGAUAAGCGUGGAGGGGAGACCUCCGCCCGCGGUUGGGCCUGUAAAAACAAAAAACAAAAAAAAACACAAAAAACCAUACAAAGAAGUUAAAAAGUGGAGAGAAACAGAGAGAACCGAGGGUGUGUAAUAACGACCUUUAAUAUUCGCGACUGGAGUUGGCAACCCUCCGACGAAGGGACACUGACAAGGGAGAGGCUUCUUUGUCACCUUACCGCGCCAAUUAUACGUUGUGUCCAUACUGUCUCAAUUAAUAUAAUGUAUUAUAUUAUAUAUAUAAUAUAUAUAUUAUAUAUAUAUAUAUAUCCGACAAUAUUGAUUAUUAAAAAUUCUUAAUAUAUAAAAAGAAAAAGAAAACAGUCUUUGGCCAGAACUGUGUUUCCCUCUCUUACCGUAUCGAUUUUCAUCGUGGAAAGAUAACCUGGGAUUACACAAACCGUUUCUCAUCCACACGACAUCGAUUUCUUUGCAUUCUCUGUUUAAAGUAUAAUUGGAGUUUUCGUUAAAUUUUCAUCUUACGUUAAAAGAGUGGAAUCGGAGCGAAGAAAAAGGAACUCGUUGAAAAAAUGAAGUACAAUUUAUUAUCAUGCGCAGCCAUGUUGACAUUCGGUGCACCAUUGCGAAAAUAAUUCGAAGUACAAUAAUGGGCGCGCUACAGCCAUCCCGGAAAUAAUCAUCGUCGCGACGAUCUUUCUCGAGUGCACGCACCCUCUCUCGUUUUCUAUAAAUACAUCGUAAAUAAAAUAUAGAUAUAUGUAUAUAUAUAUAUAUAUAUAUAUAUAUAUAUAUAUAUAUAUAUAUAUGUUUAUGUUUAUGUGUGUAUAUCUGUACAACCUGUGGACACACGCCUCUACAAAGUAAUCUCUAAUAAUCGCUAAUUUCAUCGAGUACACCGAUCGUUAAUCCGUCGUGGUCCUUCAUUUUUCUUUCUCUUACUUUCAUCGUUGUUUCCUCUUAUCAGUGAGAAACACUCAAUAAUUGAAUAAUUAAAAACUUAAAAUAUCACUUUACGAUCGUUUCCGUGAAGAAGACAACCUCGAGCUAAACCAGACGUCGUUAGGCUCAAACUUAGGGCAACUUAAUUUCCACAAGAGAAGUUAAACGUGUCGUUGACAAAAUCUUACCGAAGAAAGAUACGUAGCUAAAUGUUGUCUUUGAAAAACCAUCGUCGUAGACGAAACAUGAAGGACAGCUACGUUUUCUCGAAGAAAGGGCCAAACGUCAGUCGGAAGGAUCGUUUGUCGGACCGCAAACGGUUAAACGAACAAAGUCGUUGAUUCUUGACGGGCUAGAUGGACCUGGUAACGAAAACUAAGAAAUGCAGCUGAACAUUCGGAAAUUUGGGGUAAAGCUUAUCUAACUCGACGAUCGAUCGAGUACCAGAAGCGCGGAGCGGUCGUGGUAAGCAGGAAAAUUCACGAAUAACGUUUUUCGUACGAGAGAUGCCGCAUCAUCCUUACGACAAUAAUCAUAGACAAGCUUGCAUGUAUACAAAUUAAAAAAUUGAUAAGUGUCCAGUCUCGAACGAGCUAAUAUUACGCGACUCUAAAA